GUGCAGCGGUAUAGUCUAAACACAUGAUUCUUCAGCCUUACAUGGAAACGAGGGUGACCCUGCAGUUCGAACAGUGGCUCCAAGCACUACGGUUGCUUGGGUGCCGAAGGAGGGAGCUUCAGGGCGGUGAUUCCGAAGAGCUGCAAAAAGGGGCUCCCCGUCGACCUUAAGCAAAAUGAUCUUCCCGUUGGGGCUUCAGCGAGCGCCAUGACUACGGCCAGGUACCGACCCACCUGGGACUUGGCCCUGGACCCACUGGUGUCCUGCAAACUGUGCCUUGGGGAGUUUCCCCUCGAGCAGAUGACCACCAUCUCCCAGUGCCAAUGUGUCUUCUGCACGCUGUGCCUGAAGCAGUACGUGGAGCUCCUGAUCAAGGAGGGCCUCGAAACGGCCAUUAGCUGCCCGGACUCGGCUUGCCCUAAACGGGGACAUCUGCAAGAAAAUGAGAUCGAGUGCAUGGUGGCGGCCGAGAUAAUGCAGCGAUACAGGAAGCUGCAGUUUGAAAGGGAGGUGCUGCUGGACCCGUGCCGGACCUGGUGCCCAUCUUCGUCCUGCCAGGCCGUGUGCCAGCUGGGAGAGACUGAAGCAGCAGCCCAGCGCCCCCAGCUGGUCUCGUGUGCCGUCUGCGGCCUGCAGUUCUGUUCUGCCUGCAAGGCUGCCUGGCACCCAGACAAGCCAUGCCCAGAGCGACUACCCCUCGCUGCCUUCCUGCCCAGGGAGACAAGCUCUUUAUACAAGGCAGAGGAGGACGAUGCCCCCAUCAAGCGCUGCCCGAAAUGUAAAGUGUACAUCGAGCGAGACGAGGGCUGUGCCCAGAUGAUGUGCAAGAACUGCAAGCAUGCCUUCUGCUGGUACUGCCUGGAGUCACUGGAUGAUGACUUCCUGCUUAUACAUUAUGACAAAGGUCCUUGUCGCAACAAACUGGGCCACUCCAGGGCAUCCGUCAUCUGGCACAGAACACAAGUGGUGGGCAUCUUCGCAGGGUUCGGGCUGCUCCUGCUCGUGGCCUCUCCCUUCCUCCUCCUCGCCACGCCGUUUGUCCUCUGCUGCAAGUGCAAAUGCAGCAAAGGGGACGACGACCCCUUGCCCACCUAGCCAAGAAUCCCAAAAAGACGUUGAAGGAACCCGUGCCAGUUUGUGGAUGGGGGGUGGGCUGCCUUCUGUUUGUCUUCUUUCCCCACCCCGUUCACUUCAGAGCAAUCCAUCGCCUCGUUUCUCCACGUCCCGAACUGCGGCGUGGUCGGAGAGUCCCGGGUCCAGUCCCACGGGGGGGGGGGACCAAGUGGAGGUCGGAGUCGGGCCGGCUCAGUCGACUCAGGAUUGGGCACGGUGCUAGAAAAUGGCAUAAGACGGUGUGCGGAGAGUGUGCGCCAAGGGAGGCCGUGGGCUCGGGAUCUAAGGACGUGCAUGUGGACUUUCUUCAUUUCUGGCGUCCGCAUUGUGAGUCGCUCCGGUGGUCUGAGAGACGCUGCGUCGACUGACAUCGUCUCAGACGUUUACGUUGCCGUUCUGUCUCUGCGUUUCCUGCACAUCCUGUACAUUUCCUGUAAUCCCUGCUUCAAACCUGGCAAGAAGCGCCCUUGGAGUCACACCGGCAUGCCGUAUGUGUGUAUAAUGUCAGUGGGGGGUGGCGGGAGACCCAUUUCCUGUUGCACUCAUUUCCACAGAUGCAUGCUUUUUCUUUCCUUUAUUGCAUGUUGGAUGUUUGCUUUUAGCUUAGUGGCAGUUUUUUUCUUUUUUUUUUAAUUUAUUUAUCUGUGGCUGGACUUGUGAAUGUAUUUGGUUUUUGGUUCCAGAAGGAAGGAGCAGAAGUUUGCAGGUUCUCACCAGAAACUGUUAUUGUACCUUUGAGUGGGGGGAAAAAAAAUCUCUGUAAAGGAGCACAAGUGCAGAUUUUUAAGAGGUCUGCUACGCAACUAAAUAUUUACAAAAGCUAAAUUAGUAGAAUGAGAGAUAUGGCAUUCAGGCGGGAGUUACCUCUCUAACUUGCUCUGUCUGAUUCUUCUCAUAAUGACUUCAGAUACUGGAGUUUAGUGUAUUCUUUUUUUUUUUUCCUUUACCUUGUUUUCUAAACUCUUUUCAGACCCUGAAACCAUUGAUUUUAUUUUUUCAGGUAAAGCUCUCAGUGUAGCUGCCACCACCUCAGUCAUGAAGGAACAGCGAGUUACUGUAAAUAAUCUGGUAAAAUCACAAAAAAAAAAAUCUGAUACGUCAGUUAUUAAUUGUUGCUGUAUCUCAAAGCUUAAUUCGGCAAAAAAAAAACUUGCUUUCAUCCAGUUUUCAUGUUGUGUGUUUUACACACAACAGUGUGGUGCAAAACUGUGUUCAUCUAUGUCUUUAAAACACUGGGCCAACAGUUGAACAUGAGACCGUUGGCCUGUCUCCUCCAGAAUUUGGAAUAAGCUACACACAGGAGUCAUUUUGGGGAAUAAUUCUUGUCAGUGGGGUUUGUUUUUUUUUUUUUUUUUUUUUUUUUAAGGUAUAGUAUGACGUUUCCUGUCUAUGCAAAGCCGUACGGUUAUCAAAGUACCUUUUGAUAGCAGCACAGUGGCACAAGUAGAGUUGCUGCCUGCAAGUUGCUUUGGGAGAAAAGCAUCUACUACAUAAAUGUACUAAUGUAACAUAGUACUGAGUACCUGGCAAAGUGCAGAUAUGAUGAUUCAUGUGUACUACACAGCUGGGUAUGUAGUUUUAAAAAAAAAAAAGGUGUGUUCUGUAUAUCGGGAUUUGGGCAUAUUUUCCAUUCCAUUUCCUAGAUUAGGCCUGAUACAUAAUUCUAGCAAAAAUGUAGCAAAUGGGAUCGCUUUAGGAAUUCCAUAUUUCAUAUAUCAUAUCAUAUCAUAUCUGUUGACCCAGAGAAGAAUUUCUCAAGACAUUUUUAGAUCAUUUGUCAAUGAAUGAACCUUCUCCUCCGUAUCACUACAAAUCAGUUCUAUUCAUUCAGAAAGCACAGUUAUAUAAUAAUACCAUAGACUUUCCCAGAGGCUCCAGCUUCCUUCCACUUCACAGAAGCCUUAUGUUUUGGGUUCCUUUUCUGUAGCCUCACACACUGUGUGUGUCAUUCAUUGACUUUGGAAUAUCACUUCACAUGUGCAUUAUACAUGUUUUCUUCAUUUUCAUCUCCCUUUUCAUCAAACCAAAAGCACAGGUAUUGCUGGGCUCCCUAAAAGAUUCACAUUUGCAGUUAAAAGUUGUGCCAAAUGCAGUGACGGGUGAAAGAUGUGGAAUAAAUGUACGAGGCUGCGCGUGUCUUGCGUGCGUUUGCUGGAUUUAUAAAUUUACACUGUGAGUGGGAGUGUCUGGAUUUUCAUUAAUCCGAGUUCCUCGGUCAAUCUCAAAUUGUCCGUUUUUCUUUAUGUAUUUUUUUCCCCAUGAUUUACUGCUGCCAUAUACGUUAUUACACUCGGCGUGUCUAUGUAUUGUGCAUGCUAACUUCAUAACUUUUUGUUUUUUUUUUCUUUUGUGUCCUUUAGAAUCAUGCAGCAUUGGUGGAAAAUCCUCCAUUGUGGAGUGGAAAAUUGUAAUGUAACUUGCAAAGUCAGUUUUUUUUUCCUUUAAUAAUUUCAAUAUCUUUUUUUUCAUGUAAGAUAUUGCUAUAAUAGUGUAAGAGUUGGGUUUGCUUUGUUGUAAUUUCUAAUAAUUUUCUAAGAUUAGAAAUCAAGUUUGUAAAUCAAGGGUUUGUAACUUGCCCUGUAAGAUAGUAGCCUGGUCAUUUGUCACGGAAGGUUGAGAUGUAAAUGAAACGUCAGUUCAAAAUCACAUAAUUAUGAUGCAUAAAUGUUUGGGGGAAGGAAGAGAGGGGGUGCUGCCCCAAGAAUGUCAUCUGCAAUGUGACAGUGUGUUACUUUUGGGUCUAAAUAUGCAGUUUUCCUUUAUACUUAUUUUCUGCCACCUGUUCAGCAAAACAUUGCUUUGUUCUACAUAUUUAAAGUAAUUAUUCAGUUCCAUUUAAUUUGCUCUACAUGGGAAGGAAUCAUCUGUAAAAGAGCACAAACAAGUGCAGGCAUGUGUUGAUAAACGUGUGUAUUUAAACUGCAGACAGUUCUGUCGUGUACAUCUUUGUUGCACUAACACUGUGAGGUUAAAAUGGAGUGAAUUAAAAAAAAA